CAUGAUUACGGGGCAGCAGGGUUUAAAAGAGCUCGCAGACGCAGGGAGUGCAGACACUGAACUGAGCACCCGCUGAGCACAUACACGCCAAGAGACAGCGAAGCUGUACGACACAAACUGAAAGUCAACACUCAAGAUGAAGGCCGCCUUCGUCACCAUCACUCUCCUGGUCCUGGUCCUGGCUCUCGGCUGGACGUCUGAGGCCGUACAAGUCGAAGAAAAUGGACAGAUUUUUUCACUGGAGGCCGUCAGGAGGCUUCAGGAGCUGAUGCGGAGCAGAGGGUCAAUGGGACAACAAAACCCAAGACACAGGGCAAGCACUGUGUCCCUCUGUGCCGACCCCAUGCUGCCACAGGAGUUCCUGCCUCUCUGUAAGCAAAGAGGAGCGUCCGCAUCUCUCACCAGACUAGAUAUGGUUCCCUUGGACGUCUGUGAGAUCUGUGCAUUUGCCGCGUGCACUGGCUGUUAAACAAAGCCAGCAAGCCAGAAGCAACUGGUCGAGCUUAAGAAAUGUGAAUUUUCAUCUGCCUGCAAUGAUGAAACGAUGACUUUCUUUUCCUUGAAUACUGUGGUUCUGACUCUCUCCUGCUAGACACUUUUGAUAAUUAUUAUAAUAGUAUUUUAGGGGAAAUUUGCUAUUUUUCACAAACUGUUGUUUUGUUGCAUAUAGUUAGUACUUUAUUUUUCCAACCUGAAGUUCUCUCUCAUAAUGUUUUAUUUUUGAAAAUGACAUUGUUACAUUCAGCUGAGAAAAUAUGUGUUUAAAGGUGUUUUCUUUUUUUUUUUCCUUUUAUUAAAAUUGUUCAAAAUAAA